GUUUUUGGUUUUCUGGCAACCCAGUCGUUAUCCUCAUUUAAAGUGUCAAAAAUGUUAUUUUGACGGAUUUUGACGUGUGAAAUUCUUGAUUUCUUCGGAAAGAAUCGGGCUUGCAUUACAUAAACGAAGUUUCUCAAAACAUUGAAUUUUUCGAAAUCGAAAAUGUUGCGCCUCCCCGCGGGCUUGAUUGCCAGACAGGAAUGGAAAUUAUUAGCGCCCCGUAGUUUGAUUGUUGGUAAUAAGGAGAAUGCUCGGGAAAAAAGUACGCUUCCGGUCGUGGAACACGAUAAGCCAGAAAAAUUACCUUAUUCUCCGUUCGGCACUAAACAGAGCAACUGGGGAGACUGGGCUGUUGCUCGUCUAGACGAUGUAUUGAACUGGGGCAGGAAAGGUUCAAUUUGGCCUCUGACUUUUGGGUUGGCUUGUUGCGCUGUGGAAAUGAUGCACAUCGCAGCUCCUCGUUACGAUAUGGACAGAUUUGGCGUUGUAUUCCGUGCUUCUCCACGUCAAGCAGACGUUAUCAUAGUAGCUGGUACGUUGACCAAUAAAAUGGCUCCUGCUCUCAGGAAAGUGUACGACCAAAUGCCGGAACCGAGAUGGGUAAUCUCAAUGGGAAGCUGUGCGAAUGGUGGAGGAUAUUAUCACUACUCUUACUCUGUAGUGCGUGGCUGUGAUCGCAUUAUCCCUGUUGACAUCUAUGUUCCUGGAUGUCCUCCAACGGCCGAAGCGCUUCUGUAUGGUGUACUUCAACUCCAGAAAAAAGUGAAGCGGAUGAAAACUCUACAGAUGUGGUACAGAAAGUAAAAAGUAGUAUCUGAAUUAUUUCAAGUGACUUUGAUGAUCAACUUGAAAAAGUGUAUGAAAUAAAACUUUUUGAGUUCGAAUAAAGAUCUAGUUUUAUUGAAGCAUUA